AUGGCGUUCAACAACCUUAUCCGCGACUUGGCAAUCGGCGACAACGUCUACAAGUAUUUCGAUCUGAACGGACUCAACGAUGCUCGCUACAGUAAGCCUCCUCUGGUGUUGGCCGGAAGAAUACAUGCCCUGUUUCAGACGAGCUCCCGAUUUCGAUCAAGUACCUGCUCGAGGCCGCCGUCCGUCAUUGCGACGAGUUCCACGUGCUGAAGAAGGACGUUGAGACCAUUCUCGACUGGAAGAACAGCCAGCGGAAUCAAGCCGAGAUCCCGUUCAAGCCGGCUCGCGUCAUCCUCCAGGAUUUCACGUAGGACCUCUACCAUUUUUUCAGAAACUUAAAAGUUGGCUUUCAGUGGAGUCCCGGCCGUCGUCGACUUGGCUGCCAUGCGAGACGCCGUCCAGAACAUGGGUGCCGACCCAGCCAAAAUCAACCCAGUGUGUCCAGUCGACCUUGUCAUCGAUCAUUCCGUGCAGGUUGACCACUACGGAAAGUACGUUGUUCGUGUAGCCUUCGUGUAGCCUUCAACAUUGCCUUCCAGCCUUGACGCGCUUGCCAAGAAUCAGUCGAUUGAGUUCGAGAGAAACCGUGAGCGCUUCAACUUCUUGAAGGUGAGAACAGAGUUCAUUGCGAAUGUCGCGUUAUAGUCUCCUCAUGGUUUGCCAAGAAAUCACGCUAUGCGAGUACUUCGCCUUUAUCACAAUUUUGUUCAAUGAACACACAAACACUCCCAACCACGCGACAUUUAAUCGGGUAUUGAACAAUUGUCAUUCAUUUCAGUGGGGAUCCAAGGCCUUCGACAACCUUCUUAUUGUGCCGCCAGGAUCCGGAAUUGUCCAUCAGGUCAACCUCGAGUACUUGGCCCGCACCGUUUUUGUCGGAAAAGAUGGAAUUCUCUAUCCAGAUUCGGUUGUCGGAACUGACUCGCACACCACCAUGAUUGAUGGAAGCGGAGUGCUCGGAUGGGGAGUCGGAGGAAUCGAAGCCGAAGCUGUGAUGCUCGGACAGCCAAUCUCUAUGGUUAUCCCAGAAGUCAUCGGAUACGAACUGGUCGGAACCCUCAGCGACACGGUCACCAGCACUGACUUGGUCCUCACCAUUACUAAAAACCUCCGUGACUUGGGAGUCGUUGGAAAGUUUGUCGAGUUCUUCGGAACCGGAUGCGCUUCCCUUUCCAUUGCCGACCGUGCCACUAUUGCCAACAUGUGCCCAGAGUACGGAGCCACCAUUGGAUUCUUCCCAGUCGACAAGCGCACCCUCGAGUAAACCUAAUCUCAUCCCUUUCCUCUUGAAUUCCAUUUUUCAGCUACCUCACUCAAACCGGACGUGAAACUGACUACACUCAGCGUGUUGAGCAGUACCUCAAGGCGGUUGGCAUGUUCGUUGACUUUUCCAAUGACUCAUACCGUCCAACCUACACUACCACCCUUAAGUUAGAUCUUGGAAGCGUCGUCCCAAGUGUCUCUGGACCGAAGCGUCCACAUGACCGAGUCGAGCUUGCCUCUCUUGCCCAGGAUUUUACCAAGGGAUUGACCGACAAGAUCUCGUUCAAGGCCUUCGGAUUGAAGCCGGAAGAUGCCACCAAGACGGUUUCUGUGACGAAUAAUGGAAGAACUGCUGAACUUGGACAUGGGUAUCUUGUUUCCCAGAAGAGCAUUGUGCAGUUAUGGUUUUCAGAUCCGUCGUCAUUGCUGCCAUCACUUCGUGCACCAACACCAGUAACCCAAGUGUCAUGCUCGCUGCUGGUCUCGUUGCCAAGAAGGCUGUCGAGCUCGGACUGAACGUGCAGCCAUACGUCAAGACCUCCCUGUCCCCCGGAUCUGGAGUCGUCACCAAGUACCUUGAGGCCUCUGGACUGCUUCCGUACCUUGAGAAGAUUGGAUUCAACAUUGCUGGAUAUGGAUGCAUGACUUGCAUUGGAAACUCCGGACCACUCGAUGAGCCAGUCACCAAAGCUAUUGAGGAGGUAAACAAACUCCAAUUGCGGGUUUCUGAUAACAACCGUUUUUCAGAACAAUCUGGUCGUUGCUGGAGUUCUUUCCGGAAACAGAAACUUUGAGGGGCGCAUCCACCCACACGUUCGUGCCAAUUACCUGGCCUCCCCACCAUUGGCUGUUCUUUACUCCAUUAUCGGAAACGUCAAUGUUGACAUCAAUGGAGUCCUUGGUGAGUGAAUCAAUACUCACUAACGGUCAGUAAACUUUGAGUUCAGCUGUCACUCCCGACGGCAAGGAAGUGCGUCUCGCUGAUAUCUGGCCGACCCGCUCCGAGGUCGCCAAGUUCGAGGAGGAGUUUGUGAAACCACAGUUCUUCCGCGAAGUCUACGCCAACAUCGAGCUCGGAUCCACGGAGUGGCAGGCGCUGGAGGUCCCGGCUGUGAAGCUCUACCCAUGGGAUGAGAAGUCGACUUACAUUAAGAAGGUUCCGUUCUUCAAUGGAAUGACAAACGAGCUGCCGGCCGAAUCUGACAUUGUCAACGCUCAUGUUCUGUUGAACCUUGGAGAUUCCGUCACCACCGAUCACAUCUCACCAGCGGGAUCCAUCUCGAAGACAUCCCCAGCUGCCAGAUUCCUCGCCGCUCGUGGAGUCACUCAGAGAGACUUCAACACUUACGGAGCUCGCCGUGGAAACGACGAGGUAUUAUUGACCCACAAAUUGACGUCAAAUCAGUUUGUAUUUUUAGAUCAUGGCUCGUGGAACUUUCGCCAACAUCCGUUUGGUGAACAAGCUCGCUUCGAAGGUCGGACCGAUCACCCUCCACGUUCCAUCCGGAGAAGAGUUGGACAUCUUCGACGCCGCCCAGAAGUACAAGGACGCCGGAAUCCCAGCCAUCAUUCUUGCUGGAAAGGAAUACGGAUGCGGAUCUUCCCGUGAUUGGGCCGCUAAGGGACCAUUCCUCCAGGGAGUCAGGGCCGUUAUUGCCGAGAGCUUUGAGAGAAUCCACCGUUCCAACUUGAUCGGAAUGGGAAUCAUUCCAUUCCAGUACCAGGCCGGCCAGAACGCCGACACUCUCGGCCUCACCGGAACGGAACAGUUCAGCAUUGGCGUUCCGUCAGAUUUGAAGCCAGGACAGCUGGUCGACGUGCACGUUUCGAACGGAAGCACAUUCCAGGUCAUCUGCCGUUUUGAUACCGAGGUCGAGCUCACCUAUUACCGCAACGGAGGAAUCCUCCAGUACAUGAUCAGAAAGCUGAUCCAGUAA